AUGGCUCUGUUCAUGGACUCGGACUUCUCUCUAUUCAUGCAGAACCAGCAGAAAGACAUGAUGGAUUUUAAAGCGUUAUUUGGAGAACAGGAUCACUGUAAAGUUUUGAACGUUUGUCUUCCUGCUCUGCUUUUAUUCCAAGAUGUCCGGGGUGAGGGCGCCGUGUCCUCCCCGGAGCCGGACAGAGCCGUUGGCUUGACGGAGGGUCAGAGGAAGAGGAAGAGGACCAUCUUCAGCCGAGCGCAGCUGUCGGAGCUGGAGCAGGCCUUCGCUGUGACUCCCUACCCGGACAUCACCCUGAGGGAGAGGCUGGCCGCGCACACACACCUGCCCGAGAGCAAGAUACAGGUGUGGUUCCAAAACAGAAGAGCCAGAAGUAUCAAGACUGGCAGACUCCCCAAGCCCUCCAAGCAUGUGCUGGGGGGUAGAGGGGCUGCAGAGCACUCUCCUGGACCCAUGACCUCCACCUUCCCCACAACGAGCACCCUGCAAGACAUAUUCAGGCAAGAGCAGAACCACCACUCUGAGGAUGGUCCGCCAAUUUGCUCCGACUGGAUCCAAAUCUACAGCAACCCUGUAUCAUCGCCACCAUCCUCCUCUUCUCUCCACCAGCAGCCCACACUGGGCCCCUCAGAGUCUCGUCUCUGGGAGGAGGAGCACCACCGGCAGCAGCACUUGGGAGCAGCACUCCCUGGUUUUCUUCCUAGUUCGUUUUCCCAGCCCAUCACCAGGCAGUCUCACCACGCUGCCUCAUCCCGCUCGUAUCAGGCUUUCAGGAACUUCAAGCCCCAGAGCUUGGUUCCAUCUGGGGCUCAUCAGGCUAUGUACGGAGGCAGCACUGGAUAUGGAGGUCAAGCUGCUGUGGACCAGGUAGUCCCUUCUCACCCUCAGCCGGUGUACUGGGAGGUAACUCAGGGCCAAGGACACCACCACCACCAUCAUCACCACCCACAAAUGGCACCACAGACCUCAAUGGGGUACAUCUCAGACCUGAUCUACAACGCUGCUAUUGUCACCAACUUUCUCGAAUUCUGAUGACCCAGGGUGUGGAGCAUUAGCUGUUAAAACUGGACAGCGCCCAUUUCUGUCACAUUCCCUUGUAUUUCCCUUUACAACAUUUUCUCCAUCUCAGACUCUCCUGUGUGUUACCAGAUUUGAUUUUACAUCAAACAAACCUGUAAUAUACAAUAUAUAUGUGUAGAGUUGUUAUGUUGAUGUUGGUUCCUUCUUGUCCUUGUUUUUUUAUGUUUUCUGUAAUGUGUUGCAUAUUGUAGGGAAUAAAUUGAUUUAUUUCA